AUGUCUAAAAUUUUCCAACCCCCACAAACCUCUUAGAAACCCAAUGUCUACAUUCACAUCAUGUUUUUGUUUCUCAGGAUGCCCAAUGGGGAAGAGAACCCAGAGGAUCAGAACCCGGAGGAGCAGUUUCUCUAUGAGUUCAUUUUCAGGCUCUUCAAAGAAAAUAAGGUGGAGAUUGCAAGUGCAAUAACGAAGCCCUUUCCCUUCUUUAUGGGCCUCCGAGACCAAGGCUUCCUCCCUGAGCAGAUGUAUGAACAUUUUCAAGAAGCUUGUAGAAAUCUGGUCCCCGUGGAGACAGUGGCGUAUAAUAUUCUCAGUGAACUGGAGAAGACAUUUGACAAGACAGUUCUGGAUGCAUUGUUCAGCAAUGUCAACCUCAACGCCUAUCCUGCUUUACUUGAGAUUUUCAGAAGCUUCCAAAGUGUGGUCCAUGACUACCUCCAUUCCCAAGCUACUGAUGAUGAAGAGACAAAGGAGAUACUUAACUCCCAACAAAGCUGUGGACAAGAUGCCAUCCUACCUGGAGCCGAAAUCCAAGAGAAUCACAGUGAUGGACAGCAGAUGAGUACAAGGGAAGAGGAUUCAUCUCUCGACCCAAAUAUUUCAAUACAAACCCAGAAAAUGACAAAUGAAUCUGCCCAAGAAUCUCAAGACGCAGUGCGCUGUGAAUUCUCACCUGUCCACAUGAAUAAUGUAGGAGGGCCAGAAGAUAGAGCCAGCUUAUCGCCACGUGAUGGACAGGCAAUAAAUUCAGAUGUCUAUGGGAUUUCAUUGUUUUCUGAAGAGAACAGCAAGGCCUGCUCUGUGACUUGUGGUGGAGAAGAGCCCCAGGAAGCCUUGAGCUCCCCAUUGAGAUAUGAGCCAGUUUCCAGUGAGCAUGAAGCUCUCCAAGGGACUAGUGGAGGUGAUUCUGAAGAGAUACCCAAACUGCUACCAGUUGAUGGAGGAGGUAAUCACGACUGAAAUGACGAAAUACUUCACCAAAUUUGUUUGUCUAGUUCAGAUCACUCUCAAUUAUUCAUCAUGGUCCUGUUUCUCUUUUCAAUGUCCUUGGGACUCAUAGAUCUACAAAUGGAUGGAGGAAGAGAGUCAGAAGAAAUGCCCAAGUUGCUGCCUUAUGAUGGAGAAGUGACCUGGGAUCCCGAAGCUUUAGAAAUGACUAACCUAGAAACACACAAAGUGCUCAGCCUACUACCUGCUGAAGGACAAGAGGACAGCGAUGCCUACUGGGAUCUCAGCAAUGGAGAACUCCAGGAAGCCUUGAGCUCCUCACCAAGGCGUGAGCCAGUGUCCUAUGAAUCUGAAGCUCCCCAAAUGACCAAAGAGAAGCCAGGGCGGGUGUCUAGCCAUCUACUAUGUAACGGAGGAGUUUCUUGUGAACCUGAAGCUCCCCAAAUAAGUGGAGAAGGAGAAUCUCAAGAGCUUACCUUUAACCUAUUACCCUGUGAUGAACAAGGAGGAGAACUACCAACAGGUGGAAAUGAGAAGUGUCCCUGUGUUAUGUGCUUCUCAGAAGAUGUGCCAGGAUGUCUGGAAGCAAGGACUGAAAGAAGCCAAGCAUGUGACACAGAAGAUACUGUGGACCUUGGAAACCACUCAACUCUAGGAAAACGCAAGAGGAAACGAAGAAAAAAGAAAGGGCAUGCCUGGACAAUAUAUAAAAAGAAACAGCGGAGAAACACACAUCAGAGAGAAUCAGAGCUACCAGCAAAUGGAAAUGAGAAGUGUUCCUGCGUUAUGUGCUCCUCAAAAGGUGUGCCAGGGGGUCUUAAGUCAAGGACUGGAAGUCGCCGAGAUCCUAUAAAUCUUAGAAACAGCUCUACUUUUGGAAAACACAAGAAGAAAAGAAGAAAAAAGAAAGGGCAUGCCUGGACAAUAUAUAAAAAGAAACAGCGGAGAAACACACAUCAGAGAGGAUCAAGAAAGCACAGAGAUAACAGUGUGGAUUUUCGCUCAGAAGUACUUCCUGUGACUUGUAGACAGGCAAAAGGGAUGUUAUAUAAAAAGAAAUUGAAGCAAGGAGCCAUGAAGAAGUCCAUACAGGGUGAGGAUGGAACAUGGUUGACUCCCGGAGAAUUUGAAAUCAGAGGAGGUCGUGCAAGAUGGAAGUACUGGAAACGGAGUUUGUCCUGCGGUGGGAGAGCCCUACUGUGGCUGAUGGAGAAAGGAUUUCUCUAUAAUCCUCCAAGAAUAUGCAGAAGGAGAAAAAAGCAGAAAAUACCAAAGUCUUGCAACAGCAUCAUAGUUGACCUGUGUAUGAAAAAUUCAGACAUAUGUGAGAUCUGCCUGGACGGAGGGAAGCUCUUCUGCUGUGAUACUUGUUCCAGAUCCUUUCACGAGGACUGUCACUUACCCGCUGUGGAGACUGAGAGGAGCCCGUGGAGCUGCAUCUUCUGCAGGAUAAAGGAGUCUUCAGGAAGCCAGCAGUGUGGCAGGGAGCCCGAGGUCCUGGCCAGGCCGAUGGGGCCUGAGGAGCAGCUGAAAUGUGAGUUCCUCCUCUUGAAAGUCUAUGGCCAUUCAGAGAGCUCAUUUUUUGCGAAGAUUCCGUAUUAUUAUUAUAUUAAAAAAAUCUCCCAAAACAUCAAGGAACCCAUGUGGUUGGACAAAAUUAGAAAGAAGCUAAGCGAGCAGGGUUACCCUCAGGUGGAGGGCUUUGUGCGGGACAUGCGCCUCAUCUUUCAGAACCACAGGGCAUCUUACAAGUACAAAGACUUUGGCCUAAUGGGCCUUAGACUGGAGGCGGAAUUUGAGAAGACUUUCAGGGAAGUGUUUGCUAUUCAGGAAACAGCUGAGAGCCAUUCACCGGAGUAGUGGAUGCUGCUGGUUCCCUGGCCCCUCCCCUCUGGGGGCCGACUUCUCCUGUCACA